CAGGUGUCAUCGUUGACUUCUUUUUUGAGAGGCCUCUUCAAGCUGGGAUGAAUUUCUUUCGCUGUUUCAGUGCCGGUGGAGAUGGAGAGAGGUGCUUUCAGACGUCAGGCUCUCUGGAUGUGGUGUAUAAUCUGCAGCAGCAGAUGGCCGAGCAGUUCCAGGUCAUCCCAACAGUGGGUGCUGUUCCAUCACUGCAUACAUAUUCAGUGGCUGAGAAGCUGGCAGAGCUCAUCCUAGAAGUACGCUACGGCACCCAGCAGAAGCAGCGCAGAAGCCGGACUGCCUUCACCAUCCCACAGCUGGAGGCCCUGGAGCGGGCUUUCCAAAAGACUCAGUACCCCGACGUGGUGACCAGGGAGCGGCUUGCUCUGUGCAUCAACCUGCCAGAGGCCCGAAUCCAGGUCUGGUUCAAGAACCGGAGGGCCAAGUUCCGUAAGGGCCAGCGUGGCUCAGCGAGUGCCAGCAGUGCUGCCAAGCAGGAUGGAGGGUUGCGGGAUGAGAAGAAGCCCAUCGAUGGGAGGCCCGCUGAAAAGACGACACCGUCCGGCCUGUCCUCGGAGGGUGACACAUCUCAACCCGCUGGCUUUUCGGGCACCUUGUCUCCUUUUCUGCAGGGCUCCAGGGAGGCUCUUGCAUUUUCAUCCCCUGCUUUCAGAUUUCUUCCUCCUCCUCCUCCACUUUCUUAUUGGCAUCCAUUCCAGCAGAUUUGCCUGAGCCCUGCAUUUGAUUUGCCCCCUCAAGGUGGCACCAAGUCACCAUGCAGUGCUGUCCAAGGAAUAUGCCAGCACUCAGGGGAUCACUCUUUGUUCCGGCACCAAAAGUGCCCUUCUGUAGCAAUUGACAUAAAUGGAAAGAACCCUACAACUGAGAAGAUGUAGGCACGCGGUGGGGACCCGAAAUUUAAAAAAUAAAGACUGCAAGUGAAAAUCCCGAAAGCUUUGGACAGUGGGCUGUAGAGAAAGGCGCAUGAAGAAGUCUCAACGUUUGGAGGCAGGAGCUCAGUGCCAGUGACUUUACAUUAUAUAGCGCCUUUUUACAGUGAAAGAUGCUUCGAAGGACUUUCACACUAUGUGUCUCCCUCAAAGCCACACAAGUAGGGAUUGAAACAACAUCUUUAUGCUUUACUGUUCAGUGCUCGAACCACUAGGCUGCAAUGGCAAGAGUGGCGAUGGCAUAUCAUAGCCACUCUUGGGGCCCUGCUCUCUCACAGGCUUUGGAAACAAGCAGUUGUAUUUAUAUAGUGCCUUUACAUACAGUAGGUUCACUACAGUAAGGAUUGUAAAUGUGCAGAGAGCUGGAAUAUCAUAAAUGUAAUGUGCUCUGUGUGGCGAUUGCUGCUGUCAGGUCAGGAGGAAGCCCCAGAAGUGCGUAGUGAUUAACAACUGGGUGACAUUUACG